GUGUUUCUAGGGAACAUUUCCCAGUGGGGCACAGUAUCUGCUGCUUGUUUAUCAAAAAACUAGUGGUUCCAAUCAGAUAGCUGUUGUUGUAACCCGCGAAUAAAUACCCGAAGCAGAAGAAGUUUAGCUGCAGUUAGCCGUUAGCCUGUCUGUGUUCCUGGUCGGAACCAUGGAGCGUUCAGCGAGCAUUAAUGCAGAUCCUCCCCGGCAGCCUGGCAGUCACGGUUCCUGCGGUGGAUGGAGAAACUGGGUCGGCUUCUGGCUCCUCGGAUUAUGCAACAACUUUGCCUAUGUGGUCAUGCUGAGCGCGGCCCAUGACAUCCUGGAGAAACAAGAAUCAAAAAACUCCACAACAUCUGCCCCACCAGAGCUGGUUGGGAACGUCCCAUCUGGGAACAAGAGCAACAGUAGUGGAUAUGACUGCAGUCCUGUCAGCACAGGGGCUGUGCUGUUGGCCGACAUUCUUCCAACUCUCAUCAUCAAGCUUUUCGCUCCCUUUAUGAUCCACGUCGUACCGUACGGUUUCAGAGUUCUGUUCUGCGUUGCCAUGGCAGCAACGAGUUUCCUGCUGGUGUCCUUUUCCUCUGCUGUGUGGAUGAGUAUUGUCGGAGUGAUAUUUGCCAGUAUCAGUGCUGGACUGGGAGAACUAUCCUUCCUGUCUCUCAGUGUCUUCUUCGACAGGAAUGUUUUGGAAGGCUGGGGCUCUGGGACUGGUGCUGCUGGUGUUGCUGGUUCCCUCCUUUACUCCGGCCUCAUCCAGGCAGGUGUCUCACCCCAGAUCACUCUCCUCAUCAUGCUGGUUGUCCCGCUUGUCAUGUUUGCUAGCUACUUCUACCUCCUGACUCCGGUACCUUCUCUGCCUCAGUGGAGGAGGUCAGAGACGGAGCACCCAGCUGAGGAUUCCCCGGAGCAAGAGCGACUGAUAAAGGAAUCCGAGGAUGAGGAACGGGAGACAUCAGCCUCUGGCCGUAUUCUCUUCCCAUUGAAUGUAGCAGAGGACAGGAGCACGGGGCCCCUUACCCUGAAGGAGAAGGGCCGCGUCAUCAAGGGCUUAUGGCCGUUCGUCCUUCCACUGGGUCUGGUCUACUUUGCUGAGUACUUCAUCAACCAAGGCUUGAUGGAGCUCCUGUUUUUUCACAACUUUUUCCUUUCACAUGCAGAGCAGUAUCGCUGGUACCAGACCCUGUAUCAGGUCGGUGUGCUGGUGUCCCGAUCCUCUCUGCGCUGCUUUAAGUUCAGGAGAGUGUGGAUUUUCUCUUUACUGCAGAUGAUGAACUUGGUCCUUCUCCUGUUUGCGGUGCGCUUCCAGUUCCUGCCCAGCGCCUGGAUCGUCUUCGCUCUGAUCCUCUAUGAGGGUCUGCUUGGCGGAGCGGCUUAUGUGAACACCUUCCACUUCAUCAGCAAGGAGACUGAAAGCAGAUACAGAGAGUUCGCCAUGGCAACCGCCAGUGUUGGAGACAGUCUGGGGAUAGCCCUGGCUGGAGGCGCUGCGUUUCCUGUGCACGAUUACUUCUGUUCCCUGUGACGAAGCCUGCGCCUCUACCAGCAGGACGGAUAAGCAACGCUUCGGGGAUUCGUUCAAAUCAGCAAGGCUUGUUAAAAGGAAGAUUCCUACGACUCGCACACAUUCAGAGAGAAAUCCUCCUGCAUUCAUUCAUUCACAACAGAUGCAUCAGCUGCAUCUUAAUUCUAUGUCCAGAGUGUUGUUGUUUCUCUGGGCUGUCUUUCUUAUGUUAUUUUACCAAUAUUUUUUCUAUAUUGCACUAUGUUUUUA